AUGGUAUUACUCAAACGAAAGCCAGUAGUCCCUAUUCCACUACCUUCAUUAUCAACAGUAUUACAACCUAUCCCAUCGACUUCAGGUCCAUCUUCCUCAGUACCAACUAUAGACGAUUUAGCUAACCUGGCUCCACAUGAUGGUAAAGAUGAUGAAGAACAAUUAGAUAAACUAUUGGCUGUAUUCAGAUCUGAUAGAGACGAACAAAUUGAAGGUUCAGGUUCAGGCUCAGGUUCGGGUGUAGGCAAAAACAAGAAAUCACACCCUAGAAUAAUAGCGAAUCUACCUAAUGGUAUAAAGCAUUCUCAAUUGCACGUAAAUGGGAAUGGGGAUCAAAUUACUAAUGGGAAUGGAAAUGGAAAUGCCAAUAGUAGCGAAGAAUCAGAAGCAAAGAUAACAUGGAAGAUAACAGAUAAAGAAUGUUGGUAUAUGCCUGAAACGGGUGAAAUAUUCACUGAUUACGAAUCUUUUUGUGUAAGAAGAGCUUUCUAUUCUCAACCUUUAUUCCAAUGUGAAGUUUCAGGUAAAUCAAAUCUGAGCUAUUAUACAGCUAUGCAAUCGGAGCAAAAAGAAGUUCGUCAACUUCAUUCUAGAUUUCCUAGACAACUUAAGAAAGCGGUCUUGAGUGCAGUGCAAUUCCAAAUCGAGGGGAAAUUAGAUACUUUAGCUGAUAAGAUAUAUGAGAGAUUUCAUAACCGGUUUUUCGACAAUGAGAAGGUAUUUGUAGAUGUAGAUGGGGAUAAAUAUCUAGCAAGAAUAGUCAAAACGUUUCCACCGCGAUCACUUCAGGCUACAAGUUCUUCACCAUUCAAACCUUCUCCUAUCGGAUUACACCCUUACGCCACUGAUCUGUCAUUACCUAUUGAGGAAGUAGAUGAGAAAGAUGAUCCAAUGAGAUACUUCUAUAAUGUCAGAUUGAUAGAAGAAGGGGGACCGGAAGGUAUAGCAGCAGAUUACGCAAGUGCUAAUGGUCAAUCAAAUGGUCCAUACGAUGAAGAAGAUGACGGUAAAGGAGAGAAAUGGAUGGGUAGUACAAUGGAAGUACAGGCCGAUAAAAUCAGUCGAGACCGAAUCAACUUCUCACGAGCAAUGCUCAAACGAUUCAUACGGGAUUGUGUAGUCCGUGAUGCGGCCGUUUACUCUCCUUGGCUCGUCAAACCAUCCGUAGCAGCAAGAUACAAUAUGCCAACUGAGAUGACCGAUGAAAUCCGUGAAGGAAUAGCUCGAUAUAAGGAGAAACAAAUGGAGAAAAGGAAGAGGGAAAGAGAUGAGCGAUUAGGAAUAGUCAAUAUUGAAGUGGAAGAAGAGGAUAAACCGAAGACCAAAAAACAGAAGAAAGAAGAGGAGAGAAAAGUUAAAGAGGAAGAAAGAUUGAAAGAGAAAGAAGCUAGAGAAAGAGAGAAGGAAGAAGAAGAGAGGAGGAAGAAAAAGGCGUUAAAAUAUCCUGCUGAAGAUCUCCUCAUUGAAUGGUCCGAAGAGAAAGAUAGAGCUGCUGGUAAAAUCGAAGUUCGACCUAUACCGAACAAAACUUUACCUUUUGGUGAUCAGUUUGAGCAGCUGCUGAUGUCCUGGAGCUUCUUGAAUGUUAUGGGUAAACCCCUUGGGAUAUCGCCGUUCACAUUGGAUGAUUAUGAGCGAUCCUUAUAUCACAAUGAUCCAUAUACGAGUCCAGCACCUCUGAUCACAGAGAUCCACUCAGUUCUACUUAAUGCUUUAAUAGCGGACUUGGCGGCCGGACAUGAACCCGUUAAAUCAUUAUCGGCAUUUGGAAAGGAGCCAGAUAAUGAUACAGACUAUUGGGAAGGUAAGAAAGGAGCGACAACAGAAACUUUGGCUCCUAUAGCUGGACCUCUAAGUGAAAAUUGGAAAACUAAAGAAAUCGGAAAAGAUCGUAAAGGAUGGGAAAAUGUUUUGAUUGGUUGUUUAUGGGAAAGAGCGACCCUGGAAACAUUACCGAAUUAUCUCGAUAACAUCUUACAUCUCACCUUUGAAGAUAAACCUGCACCCACAAGACCAACCUGGUCAACUGGACCUUCAAAUUCAAACUCUGUCUCUUCCAUAAACGGUUUGAUACCUUCCAAACCUGAAAAAAGGUAUACUAGUCUUCACCAUUCAACGAAAUUGGAUCUGAUUCAGUUCCUCAUCGAAUUGGUUGGUCAAACGGAAAUCAUAAGAGAAUUCAUGGAGGAAAGUACUUUGAACCUGACUGAAGUAAGGAAAGAUCAAGUUGAGGUUAAAAGGGAAUUGAGGAGAGUUCAAGCUGAAAGAGAGGCUCUCGAGCCCAAAGACAAGCCCAAAGAAGAAGGGGAAGAUGGUGACGCCUCAACAGAUGUCAAAGAUGAGAAUGCAUCGCCCGAUGUAUCGAUGAAUGGUCAUGCAAACGGUCACAUAGGCAAUGGAAGUGUCGAUCAAGAUGAAUUGGAUGAUUCAGUAUCCCUCCAAGAUCAAGAUGAUCUAUCGGACAACGAAUCUGAUCACAACAUAUCUGCUACUGGAGCUGCUCGUCGUAGAGCUAUGAAGGAAAAAGCAUUAGAAAGAGAGGCCGAAGAGAAUCUGCGAAAUGCUAAAUUAGCCAAAGAGCGAGAAGAAGUCCGAAUCAAGAAAUUAGAAGGUAAAAUCAUCGCAAAUGAAAAGAAGAAACUUCUUGACGAAGAAGAAUUGAUAAAUAUCAAGUUGAAGAAUCUUGAGUACGAUUUCAGGAGAUGGAUAUAUACUUUAAGAUCCAGACCUAUUGGAUAUGAUAGAUUUGGUAAUAAAUUAUGGUGGUUGGAUGGUUUAGGUUCAUCGAAUCUAUAUAUCGAUGGUAAAGUCAACGUCGGUACUGGUAGAUUAUAUAUUCAGGGUGUUGAAGAAGAAGAGUUGGAGAUUAUAAGAAAUUCAACUUUGACUCCAUCAGAAGGAGAGAUAACAGAUGAGUUCAUUGAGGAGAGAAGGAACAAAGAAGAAGGGUUGGCCACGGGAGGGAAAUUAAAUCCUGGUGAAUGGGCCGUAUACGAUUCUCCUGAGCAACUGAGGGACCUGCUAAGUUGGUUAAAUCCAAAGGGAAUAAGAGAAAAUCAGUUGAUCAAAUCUCUGAAAACGUGGCAAAGCGAAAUUGAAAGUGGGAUGAGGAGAAGGAGAACUUUGGCAGGUUUGGAUAUACCGCCUGAAUCAGAUGAACCUACACGCAAACUUCGACCGACUCGGAAGGUGAAUCAAGGUGAUGAUGACAAAGACGGUUAUAUGAAUUGGAAGAACCGACGAGCGGUAUGA